AUGAGCAAUCUCCAUUACCUCUUUGGUUUGCUGCAUCACUCUCACCGAGAAUCGGUGUAUCCAGAGGGCACCAAUACACAGCGGGAGGGCGAGCGCCAGCAGUGGGCCGAAGAUAAAGAGGUCUUCCACUCUCUCGAUCUGAAGAGCCAGCAGAUCAAGCAUAUCAUAGCCUUCAUUGAGCAGGAGGCCAACGAGAAAGCGGAGGAGAUUUACGCCAAGGCUGAAGAGAAAUUCAACAUCGAGAAGGGCCGCCUGGUGCAAACGCAGUGCCUGAAAUUCAUGGAAUACUAUGAGAAGAAAGAGAAGCAGAUCGAGCAGCAGAAGAAAAUCCAAAUGUCCAACCUGAUUAGCCAUGCCCGCCUCAAGUUCCUCAAAGCAGAUGAUGACAUGAUCUUGGACAUGCUCAACGAAGUAUAUCAACUGCUGGAGCCCAAAGUGACCAUUCUGUGUCGUAAUCAAGACUUCCGGUUGGUCCAGGCAUCCACUCUGAGUAAUAGUCCGGUGUACAAGGCAGCCGUGAAGAACAACCUAGAGGCCCGCAUGGAUCAGGACAACUUCCUGGCGCUUGACAUCUCAGGAGUUAUUGAAUUGUACAACGGAGACAGCAAGAUUAAAGUGGUCAACACUCCGGAGAGCAGACUGGACCUCCUGGCUCAGCAGAUGAUGCCCGACAUCAGAGUGGCACUUUUUUGCGCCAACCCCAAUCGCAAGUUCAUGGACUGA